UUGUACUAGCAUAAUAAGUACAGCAGAUAGUGUCUAUCACUAUUCAAACUCCAAAGCUUGAUAGCUUGUAAACAUAACCUAGUACUUAGUCACGGUGGUGGUGUGUGUUCGAAACAAAACAAAUCCAAGAGUGAUGAACUGAUUUGAAACAUACACCUGUUCGAGGAUAGCCGCCACCAGUUGGGCGCCAAAUCUCCCCAAUCCACAAGUGGUGUUUCAAAAAUGCAGCGUAUUUUCACAAGACGGAAACUGUUACUUAUCGCAACAUUAUUCAUAAACGUUGUACAAAAAGCGCAAUGUGAUAUUAGCGUAUCGACAAAUGACUUAACUAUACAAUUAGAGCACACAGACUCAUUUAAUUUAAUAUUAAGAAACGUCACAAAUUAUGCUCCUUUCACCAUCAAAUUUGAUAUUCAGCAUAAAGACAUAAUUCGUGUGGAACCAGACUCAUAUAACGUUACGAAAGAUGAAGAUGUAAAUAUAAUAGUUCACGCAAUUGGAGCCGGACACUCCGAAGUCGUAGCCAAUGCAACCAACUCAAGCAUAACCGUUAGAAAGGCCUUUGUCCGAGUCACAGUUCAAAAACACCCAGAACUUGACACGUUUUCUCUAGUCAUUGGGUGGAUCUACUUCGUGGCGUGGUCUAUUUCCUUCUACCCGCAGAUUUAUGUCAAUUUUCAGAGGAAAAGCGUGGUUGGACUCAAUUUCGACUUCCUGGCCCUCAAUAUCAUCGGUUUUACGUUGUAUGCAGUAUUCAAUUUAGGAUUAUACUUCAUACCUGAAAUCAAGGCGGAAUACUCAAACCGAUAUCCUCGAGGUUUAAAUCCCGUUCAAGUCAACGACAUCGUAUUUGCUGUUCAUGCAGCUGCCGCAACAAUAAUUACGAUAGUUCAAUGCUAUUUGUAUGAACGGAGCGACCAAAGAGUGUCGCAUGUCGCCAGAAUAAUAAUUGGAGUUUUUGGUCUAUUUCUUUUCAUUGGUAUUAUUUUGGCGGCCAGUGACGUGAUCCACUGGUUGGAUUUCCUGUACUACUGUUCCUAUGUUAAACUCACGAUAACACUCAUCAAAUAUGUUCCGCAGGCAUACAUGAAUUACAAGAGACAAAGUACAGUUGGGUGGAGCAUAGGGAACAUUUUCCUCGAUUUUACAGGAGGCAUUUUGAGUAUGCUUCAAAUGAUUAUAAUCUCAUACAAUUAUGAUGACUGGGUUUCUAUUUUCGGCGACCCGACCAAGUUCGGCCUAGGCCUCUUUUCCGUGGUCUUCGAUAUUUUCUUCAUAGUCCAACACUACGUUUUAUACAGACACACAAAUUACGAAGAGCAAUAAAACAUUAUUUUGUUAAAGUUUAUAGUGAUUUUACAUACUGUGUUACAUAAAUAAAGAGUUUUAUUAUU